AUGAGCAGCUUGGGGCAACUCAACCAGUCUGCCGUGACAGAAUUCAUUCUCUUGGGCUUCACCCCCAACCCCAGGACCAACCCUCUACUCUUCACCUUCUUUCUAGUCUUUUACUUGCUGAUCCUUGUGAGCAACAGCCUUCUCAUCAUCCUCAUCCACCAGGACUCUCGCCUCCACACGCCCAUGUACUUUUUCAUCAGUGUCCUUUCCAUGUUGGACGUGUGCUACACCACCACCACUGUGCCCCAGAUGCUCGUGCACAUCCUCAGCAAGAAGAGGGCCAUCUCCUUCUCGAGAUGCGUGGCCCAGAUGUACAUCUUCCUCCUCUUUGGGGUCACUGAGUCCUGGCUUUUCUCCAUCAUGUCUGUCGACAGGUACAUGGCCAUCUGUCACCCUCUCAGAUACAAGGUCAUCAUGAGCCGCUGGGUGUGCCUCCUCAUGGUGGGCAUCUGUGUAGCCUACGGAGUGGUGGGAGGUCUGUGCUACACCUUCUUUGCCAUGCGCCUGCCCUAUUGUGGCCCCAAUGAAAUCGACCACUACUUUUGUGAGGUCCCUGCUGUUCUGAAGCUGGCCUGUGCAGACACAUCCCUCAAUGACUGGGUGGAUUUCAUCACGGGCUUCAAUGUCAUCGUAGUCCCACUCUCCCUGGUUGCCAUUGUCUAUGCCAACAUCUUUGCCACUAUCAUGAAGAUCCGCUCGACCCAGGGUCGGAUCAAGGCCUUCUCCACCUGUGCCUCCCACAUCACUGUAGUCACCAUGUUUGCCAUCCCAUGCAUUAUUAUGUACAUGAGCCCUGGCUCUGUUCCCUUAUCAAACAAUGGCAAGAAAAUGGCUCUUUUCUAUAACGUUGCUACAGCCUUCCUCAACCCAGUUAUUUACAGUCUAAGAAACAAGGAUGUGAAAAAAGCUUUCUUCAAAUUGAUAGGAUGGAGUAGGGGGCCAGAGUGA